UAUGAUGAAUCGAACUGAACCGAGGGGAUAACCAAACUCGACUUAGAAAGCUUCUGAUCGGUCCAACUCUCUUAACUGAAACCAAACCGGAAACCUUUUAUCUCUCGGUUUGGUUCGGUUCAGAUUAUUACUGCAGGCCUAGAAAGAAAUGUUGAAUGCCCGUACCAACCGCUUGGUUUAGUGAUCAUGUGAAAAUGAGUAAACCAAAUUGAAAUCCCUAGAUUUGCGAGAGUGGAUCGGUCAUAGAGCUCAGUUUACGGUGGUGAAUCCAGUGAGCCAUGAGCCAUGAGACCACAAUUGGAGAAGAUGUGAAGCAAAAGCAGAUCGAGAACCAUGUAGGCUUGAAACUCUCUUCUUCUUCUUCUUCUCCUUCAAUCUCUCUCUUACCAAAACUAAUCUCGUUUGCUAUUGCUCUAUCUCUUACAUCCUCUUCCCCUGCCUUAGCCAUUCCUUCUUUCUCCUCUUCUCAGCCACUCACCACUCCUUUCAGUACCCAAUCCAAGUUUGUGCAGAUUGGUCUUCUCAAUGGCAAAAUUAGACCUUGCCCUUCCACGAACCCAGGUUGUGUAUCGACGAAUCCGACCUCAUCUUCCUUCUCAUUUCCAUUGACGAUCCGUGAAACCGAUGCACAGGAUCCCAUUUAGGUCUUUGAUUGUUGCUAUUAAGCACAUUUAAAAAAAACGUUAUGCUUUUUUAUUGUUGCUAUAAGGUGAGAGGGUCUUUCCAAGAUAUUAGAUGUUAAAACUCUAUCUUUACUUACGCAGGAACUUUUGACAAUCUAA